AUGGAUAAAUCCCCGACUAAGGACAGACCCAGCAUGGCACAGGAGCGCAGCGCCGAGGCCGAUACCAAAACACCGGAAGACCCGAGCCGCGGAGACGCGCGCCUGGAAGGAUUCUCCCAGUUCACUGUAGCCCAGAAGCGGGCUAUUGUCGCCGUGGGAUCCCUAGCCAGCUUCUUCUCACCUCUGUCUUCGAGCAUCUAUCUCCCAGCUUUGCCUACUAUCGCAAAUUCUCUGCGCAUCUCCGUCUCUCAGGUCAACUUGACUGUCACUACAUACCUGAUUAUGCAGGGUGUUGCGCCCAUGCUGAUCGCAGGUUUCUCAGACACCGCAGGCCGCCGUCCCGCCUACAUCAUUUGCUUCACCAUCUACCUCGCAGCCAACCUAGGAUUAGGCCUUCAAAACAACUAUGCCGCCCUUCUCGUACUUAGAUGCCUACAAAGCGCCGGUAGUAGCGGAACUGUUGCACUGGCAAACGGCUUGGUUGGAGAUAUGAUCACGUCCGCGGAAAGAGGGUCAUACAUCGCCUUCGCCUCACUCGGAAGCAUGCUGGGACCCUCUUUGUCACCGAUCAUUGGCGGGCUUCUCAGCCAGUACACAAACUGGCACUGGAUCUUCUGGUUUCUGCUCAUCUUUGGCGGUGUCUUCUUCCUUGUUCUUGUUCUCUUCCUGCCCGAGACAUGUCGCAAAGUUGUCGGAGACGGUUCCAUCCCACCACCCACGUUGAAUAAUUCCGUGGCAGAUAUCAUCCGACAUCGCAGGCGCAGACAGCAGGGUCUUGUACCUAACCCGGACAAGGAAGCUGAAGUAAAGGAGAACUACUCUCUCAGAUUCCCGUCACCCGUCCCGACCAUGAAGAUUGUCCUUGAUAUCGAAACGUCAGUGAUUCUCCUCACGACCGGUCUGCUGUUUGCCGGUUUCUAUGCCGUGAUGACUGGUGCCUCGACGUCUUUCAAUAAGAUAUAUCAUUUCAAUGACAUCCAUGCCGCCCUGAUGUAUCUCCCCAUCGGUGGAGGUGGGAUUGUGUCAGCACUCACCACUGGCCGGAUAGUCGACUGGAACUACCGCCGCCAUGCGAAACAUGCCGGACUUGCUAUCGUCAAGAAUGUGCGUCCGGAUAUUCGAAAUUUCAACAUCGAGCGCGCGAGACUCGAAGUUGCCCUCCCACUCUAUUACAUUAGCAAUGUGGCCAUGCUCGCCUACGGUUGGGUUCUGGGUCGGAAGGUCAGUCUUGCUGCUCCUAUCAUUCUGCUGUUUCUUAUCGGAUGGGCUAUCACUGGUACGUCGCAGGUGCUCAAUGCCUUGAUGGUUGAUAUCUGGCCAGGGAAGUCGGCAUCGGCAACUGCGGCAAACAAUCUGUUCCGUUGUGAGCUCGGUGCUGCAGCCUCGGCGGCUAUUAGCCCUAUGGCAUCUGCUAUGGGCGAGGGCUGGGCGUACACCACGCUUUCUCUGAUUUCCGUUACUGUCUCUCCGUGUUUGUGGAUCGUUGCUCAUUAUGGGAUCAAGUGGCGGCAGAAGAGGAAUCAAAAGGAGGACGAGAAGUCAGCUCGUUCACAGGACUGA